CUCAGGGACAAACCUUCGUAGACUGCCAGAUUCCAGCCCCUUCGCCAUGUCCUUUCUGAUGCCCACCCUGCUUCUACCGAUGCUGCUGGAUCUCGGGGCUGCAGAAUUCAACAUCUCUAGUCUCCCUGGCCUACUGUCCCCAGCCCUGGCAGAGAGCCUUUUAGUUGCCUUACCCCCCUGCCACCUCACAGGAGGCAAAGCCUCUCUGACUGUCAGAAGAGUCAAUGAAACCAAAGGAAUAAUGCAUAACUUUACAGUAACCCCCUGCCGAGGGCAAAGGGACCUGGUGAGUGUGGUAUACAGCAGUGGCAGCUUCACCGUCACCCGACUCAGUGCCUACCAAGUCACCAGCCUGGUACCUGGCACCAGCUACUUUGUCUCCUACUCCGUGGAGAAAGGAAACGCUGUAGAACACAGUAACAGAGUGCGGAUGUCCACAUUGCCUCGCAGAAAAGUGGAGACCUUGGGGCUGAGCAUGGCACGAACCGGGGGCAUGAUAGUCAUCACUGUGCUGCUCUCUGUUGCCAUGUUCCUGCUGGUCGUGGGCUUCAUCGUUGCUCUGGCCCUGGGUGCUCGAAAAUGAGGCUCUGAGUGAGACUGGCACUCCUUGGAGACAGAGAUGG